AUGGCUCUCAGAAUCAACACAGCAAACAGCUGUAAGCUGAUAGGAUCGAGCUUUGAAACGUCUUUGCAGUGAAAUAGUUCUGGAAAUUUAAAUUAAUUUUAAAUCUAUUUUCCCGGGUUACACGAUGGAGAGCGAAAAUGAAGAAAAAACUGUGGUACAGAAUAAAAAAUCAAAAGGAUCAGGAUCAUGCUGUAGUGUGGCUUCGUGCAAAAAUACGGGUAGAACGAAGACGAUGAUACGUCCGGAACUCAAGUUCCACAGGUUUCCCAAAGAUCCGGAUAUGAGACGAGAAUGGGUGAGGAAAUGUGGCCGGAAAGAACGAUUUAAUCCAGAUACAGGUGUGAAAUGUACUGUUUGUUCGGAUCACUUCAUACCUGAAGAUUAUCAGAGAGAUUUGCGCGCUGAAUUAUUAGGCUUGGGUGAUGAUAAAAAAAGACUUCUACCUGAUGCAGUUCCUCAUAAAAAUUUACCGCCAGAAAUUCAAAGAAAAGUGCGAAAACGAAGAGAUAGAGAACCGACGGAAGGAGAACAGCUUGCAAGACGCAAAAAACUUGUCGAAGAAGCUUUCCAGUGGGCUGAAUCACUUUCUUCUGGGGAGAUAAUGCAAAAUGAAUUAGGAUUCACGACUGCACAGAACGUUACUCUAAACUCUACCACUACCCCAACCAAAGGAAACGAAUCGAAUCUCAACUUGAGUAAUGCUACGCCCAAACCCAAAGUUGUUCAUCAAAGUGAUCCAAAAAAUGUAGCACAAGCGUUGCUGCCCUCAUCAAAACCUGCUUCAAUCGAAGCUGCAAAAUCCAACGAAGCGGCAAGGACAAGCGCAGAUGCAUCAGUUAGCACAGCAAUAGCCAUAGAUUGUAGUGAUAUUUCUCCGACAGCUAGUCCAGUUAAUUCACCCGAUGAAAUUUCGACCUGUGACACGAACAUUUCCAAAUCGAAAUAUUCAGAACUGCUAUCCAAUUACGAAGAACUGGACGCCAAAUACAAACGUUGCUACAAAGUUCUAUGCUGUUUUAAAAUAGCCUAUGCGAAAGUACGAAGUCAAAAUAAUUCAGCCAAAAACAAGAUAAUAGAUUUACGACAAAAAAAUCGAGACUUACAGCGUCGAUUGAAGCAAUUAACGAAUGAAAAAAAAUCGCAGAAACAUAAAUUCGUCCAAACUCAAAGUUACCCGGAAAAAGAUACAGUUGAAGAUGACGUCACUGGUUGGUGGUAGCGUCAACAAUGUCAACAUUUGUACAUGUUGAAUGUUGCGUGUGUUUCCACGUGUUUUUUUCAACGUCCAUCAACUUGGCAACGUAGCGAAUGCCUGAAAAACCGUAUUUUGUAACAUGAAUUGUAUUUUGUUGGGCAAUGACAAAUUUGUGAUCAAUUGUGUGUUUGUGUGAGUGUGGAAAUGGAUAAAAAGAAAUAUUGUGCCGUUAUUGGUUAUGCUGUGAAAUUAUAAAUUUUAAAUUAGAAAA